AUGCAACGGCUCAGUGGUGCCCCACUUGCGGAGCCCAGCCCAGCAGUACUUGCAGCCAUGAGAAGCAAAUUUCCAGGGAGGCCUCCGCACCAGGCCACGUCCUCCCGACCAGCAGCCCCACCUGCCAAUGAAGCUGGCGUUGAGGAUGUUGUCAGGGCCAUUCGCAGCUUCCCCCGCGGCGCUGCUCCUGGCCCCACUGGUCUCCGCCCUGACCUGCUUCAGCAACUUGUGAGUGGCUCUGAGGAACGGCCGGCUGCACACCUGCUGACACAGCUGGUCAAUUUGUUGGCUGACGGUCAGGCUCCUGCUGGGCUCCGCCCUUAUGUUGGCGGUGGUCGUGGCACUGCCUUGCAGAAGGUCUCCAAGACUGGCACUGCCGAUGUGCGGCCGCUGUGUGCUGGGGAGGCGCUCAGACGCCUUGUCGGGAAAGUGCUCCUGCGCUCCGAACUGCCUGCGCUGAGGGCCCACCUCUUGCCCCAUCAGCUCGCAGUCGGGGUCAGCUCUGGGGCUGAGGCCAUGGUUCAUUUGCAUCGACAAUGGGUGCAGCGCCACAGCCAUGACGCUGACCGCGUCUGCUUGUCCUAUGACGAGGGGAAUGCCCACAAUGCGGUUGACCGCCACUGUUUUUUGACUCGCAUGCGUGAGGUCGUUCCUGGUUUGGGUCGCUGGCUGGAAUACAUCUACCCCACGAACGUGGCCACCAAGGUGUUCUUCCACGACCAGAUCAUCGAGUCCGUUGCAGGAGGGCAGCAAGGAUGUCCGCUCAUGAUGGCCUGCCAUGCAGUUGUCCAACGGCUACUGCUGGAAUCGCUGGGUCUUGUCCCGCCGCUGGAGGGCAGCAGCAUUCAAUUGCCUGUGCUGUCUCCUCCCGCCCGGCUUGACAUUGCCCCAUGUUUUGCUGACGAUGGCUUGCUUGCUGGGCCCUCUGCAGAGGUCCUUCGUUGCCUGCGCCAUUGGCAGGGCGUCUUGCCUCAGCUCGGGCUGCGGCUCUCCAGUGCCGUUGUUGCCCCUGCUGUUGCGCAGGCCCCCAUUGACUACACUGGCUUCGUCACCCUUGGCUGCACUGUCGAAGCCCAUGGCAACUAUGAGGUCCUGCGCUCCCCCACCGGUGCAGAUUCCUUUUGUGUGGCUUAUUGCAAGGAGCGGGCUGCCAAACAGGUCGACAUAGUUCGACGUGUUGGCCAACUGGAAGAUCCGCAAGUUGGGUACUACUUGCUGCGCUUCUCUUGUGGCGCUGGCCGCAUGACCUACAUGGCCCGCACAACACCAGCACGGCUUUGUCGCGAUGGCCUCCUUGCCUUUGACAGUGGCGUUCAAGCCUCUUUCACUGAGCUGACUGGCUUCCAUCCCGACGCCCUGGCGUGGGAGCAAGCUACCCUCCCUGUGCAGCUUGGAGGCCUGGGAUUGCGGCCCGCUGCCGGUAUUGCCGAUGCGGCGUACAUUGGCUCUCGUGCAGCAACUUUCGAGCGUUGCAAUGCUUUGUGGCCUUGUUUUCAAUGGGAUUCCAACCUUGGUAGCGACUUGUCUGUUGCCCUCCAACACUGCUGGGAUCAGCUUCGCACUCCAGUAUUGCCAGUACCUUUCCAAUGGGACGACCACACCACGCUCACGCAAACCCAUUUAAGCAGCCUUGUGAGCAAAACCCUGUUGGAUGGAUGGUACAGCCGGGCCGGCAGUGAUGAUGCCUGCCGCCUCCAUGCCUACGCAGUCGAUGGUUCCGCUGCUGCGCUAGGGCUCACACCUUCACACACACUUGACACCACUUUAUCCAGAUCCGAUUUCCUUGCCAUCCUCGGAGGUCGCCUGGGAGUCGAUGUGUGUGGCGGUGGGCCUUGCCGCUUCUGCGGUAAACCUUCUGAUUGCAAAGGCCGCCAUGCUCUGAGCUGCAUGGCUGGCGGCGACCAUGUGGCCCUCCACAACAGUCUUCGCGAUCUGGUGUUUGACUAUUGCCAACGGGCUCAGGUCCGCCCAGUGCUUGAAGCCCCCGGGCUCCUGAAUGGCCAGCGACGCCCUGCAGACGUCUUGGUGCGGUCCGCCACUGGUCUGGUGCCUCGCUUGCCUGACGGCGCGCAGCCCCACAACCCACCUCCAUUGGCAUUAGACAUCGCUGUCGUGAAUGCUUUGGGGGAUACCCAUUGGGACGCCACACGACAGGCGGCUGGAGCUGCCUGCUUGGCCUAUGCUCAGCGCAAGCGGGCUCACAACAGGACUGCGGGCCUGUGUGAAGCUGCUGGGGUUCGCUAUCUCCCCUUGGUCUGGGAGGCGCAAGGUGGGAGCACGCCUGAGACUCGGGCCUUUGUCCACCGCCUGUGCGGGGCAGUUGCUGUGGUCGAAGGGCUGGAUCCCGGAGUGGUGAAGAGCCGGUUCAGUGACCAAGUUGCUGUCUUGCUGGCUCGCGCCAGCGGGCGGGCCAUUCGUCGCCGGCAAGCUGUCGUGGGAGACAGAGCCGGCCUUCCCCUGGACCUUGGUGCAGCAUUGGCUUUGGACCUAUGCGCUGCCAGUGGCCAUUCAGCCUGGCUCAAUCAGGGCUUGGUUCCCCGCCACCGGCAUUCGGGUCCUAGACCGUAG